AUGGAACGCCUCUGUAGAUUGUGCUUACAAAGUGCUUCCGAUUUGGAACCGAUUGCCAUUGGUGAACAUAAUAUUCAUAGCUCUGACGCUUCCAUUGGUCACAGUUUAGUCCAACUAAUUAUCCAAUAUCUUUCGAUUCAGGAUGAAAAGGAAUGUCCGUUCAUCUGCCAUGGUUGCAAAUCUAUUGUCGAGGAGUGGCAUCGGUUUCACACUUCCUGUGUAAAAAAUAAUGAAAUUUACCAGCGACGCGUACAGGAAAAGGAAGAUCACGAUAAAACCGAUUCCGUUCAUCAUAAUUUGGAGGAAUCGUCUGAACUCGAACAAAUUGAUAUAAAAUCGUUCAAACCUGUCGAAGAGGACGAAGAAAAUGAUCCUGACUUUGAUCCGAACGGUGUAAGUGAUAACGAAGAUGAUGACGAUGAUAUCGGUUCCGUAUAUGAAUAUGAAAUUCUUGAAACGGAGAUGAAACUGGAAGCGGAAUCCAAGAGCAAAAUCGAGACGAUAUCGGACGACAAAGAAGAUCCGAAGCCACGUGCGUCAAAGCGCGGUAGGCCCAGGACGAAGUCCUUGGAUGAUACAUCGAGAGCGGCAAAACGUGCCGAGGUGUGCACGAUUUGUGGAAAGUUUAUAAAGAACCUCACCGAGCAUAUGAGAAUUCAUAACAAUGAACGAAGACAUCAAUGCCCGUACUGUGCGAAAUCGUUUGUCAGUGCUUCAAAUUACAGUUCACACGUGAACAUCCAUACGCGUGCCAAAAUGUACAAAUGCGACCUUUUGCGACAAAACAAUAUGCGUUUGCUCAACAGCCUGAAGCAGCACCGCAUAACGCACUUUAAGGAACGAAUCUACUUGUGUCCGGUCUGUGAGGCAUAUUAUCAACCGACAGGAUUGGCCAGACACAAAAGGACCCACUUUGAGCAACCGACAAUCAAAUGCACCGAGUGUGAUAAAAUGUUUUUGACUAAUGGUGAUCUGAGAAAACACUUCAAGAAGCAUCUACCGGAGAAGCCGUUCAGUUGCGAGAUUUGCAAUCGGGCUUUUAAUCGGAAGGACAACCUCAAGACGCAUAUGAAAACGCAUCGAGAGAAGGGAUCCAAGUUGUCUCCAUGUGAUGAGCCAGAGAAACAAGAGAACACACCCAUAAAGAUUAAACUGGAAAUCACAAAGAUUAUGCUGAAUAUUUUCGCGGUGGUUCAGAAUCACCAACUGUUUAUCCAAAGUCUCUGCGAUGAAUCGACCAAGCGCGUUCGAUUGAUGCCCACGUGGGAUGAGGCAUCUCCGCCGAAUCCAAAGCAUAUAAACAAAACAUCGUCAGAUCAAGGAAGAAAUCAACAACAGUGCUGUUGCAAAAGAAACCAAUUUCUACACAAGCUAAAUACUCACAGAGAACUUUCUGUUCAAGAGUCAGAGUUCUGCAUGAUGGAAACUGUGUGUCGUUUGUGCCUGGCAGAACGUUCCUAUUUCGAUCCCAGUCAUUAUGGAUACGAUAGCUCUAAGGAGAACUCCUCGCCCGGUGAAAAGAAAUUGGAACAACUUGUUCUGCAAUAUUUGCCAGUAAAGAUCGUCAAAACGGAGGAUGAUGUUGAUUAUCCAUUCAUCUGCACUGGUUGUAGUUCAUUGAUCUAUCAGUGGCACAGGUUCUGCACGUCGUGCAUUGAAAAUGAUCAAAUUUAUCAAGAACGGCUGCAACACAGGGUUGGUGAUGCAUUCAAUCAACAAGAACAUUCAGUGCUACUGAAAGACGAAGUUACCGAAAAUUCGGCAGAAGAAACUAGAAAACCUCGCAUGUACCUUGAGGUCGAACUUAUAAAUGUAAGCGAGAAGAUAGAACUCUCUGAAAACGAUGUUGAUCCCAGAACUGAUACAACUGAUUUCGAAGAACAAGCACCAAAGAAAAAAGCAAAAAUGCUGAAGAAAUCGCCAGUCUCUAGAGCUUCGAAACAUUCACCGAACGAGGGCGACAAAUCAAAGCCAUCAGUGGAUACUGAUCAAUCGCAAAAGAAACUUGGCAGACCUAGAAUCUAUCCAUUGGAUUAUAAGGCCCCACCGCGUCGAGAGAUGUGUCCAGUCUGCGGAAAAUUCGUCUCUACAUUGUCGGAACACAUUCGGACUCACGGUUGUGGUGAUAAGUACCAAUGUCCGUACUGUGAGAAGGACUUCAACACAAAGUCAAACUGGUACCGCCACCUGAACAUCCACACGCGAGCCAAAGAAUAUAAGUGCGAAGAAUGCGGAAAGGAGUUUUCGCAGAGAAACGGCUUGAAGGCGCACCUGUCAACGCAUACCAAGGACCGGAAAUAUGUGUGUCCGGUGUGCGAGAAGACUUUCUACCAACGGACGGCAUUCUGUCGGCAUAAACGAACGCAUUUCGAAGAACCAUCAGUCCCGUGCCCCGAGUGUGGUCGCAAGUUUCUUUGCCCUGGCUCAAUGAGAAACCAUUUGAGAAUGCACCUACCAAGAGAGUUUGCCUGUGAACUUUGUGGUAGAGCCUUCUAUCGGAACAGCAAUCUCAAAACCCAUAUGAAAACACACCAGAGAAAGGAUGGCGUUCGGGCUCAGGCAUCUGCACCAAAAAAAGAAAGUUGAUUGGAUUAACAACAUGAAUAAUAGGUACAUACAAACAUUUUUGUUGGUACAUAUUUUAAAAA